GCGCUGGAUUUUGGAUUUCAGAGACAUGAAUUCCCCAGCAAUCAUUCUUCUCUCUGAUGCAUACCGGACAAAAUCUACGGACUCUGCUGGGUUUGUUCUGUGUCCCAUGUAUGGGAGAAAGUCAAAAGCUUUUAGAGCUGCACCUGGGACAACAAAUUCCUCCAUUGUCGCAAGUUUGGCUAAGACUGCAAAGUCCAUGGUUGGGGUAUUCUUGUCAGUCGAUGAUUCACAAUGCUGACAGUAUCGGAGUAUAUGACACGAAGGGCUAAAGAAGCAGUUGGAGCUGAAGAAAGUCCUAAUGGGUGGUGGUCUGUUACUAGAUUAAGAUCUGCUGCUCAUGGAACUCUAAACAUGCCUGGACUAAGCUUAGCAAUUGGCCCCAAAGGAGACUUGGUUGUUAUCGUUCGUCUAUCUUCAGUAAGUUCACUUGUCCGGUUCGCUGAGGAGCCCCAAAUGUUUGCUAUCGAAUUCAGUGAUGGGUGUCCAGUUCAUGUCUAUGCAAGCAUAUCCCGAGACAACCUACUUGCAGCGAUUCUCGAUACUCUGCAAACAGAAGGACAAUGCCCGAUACCAGUAUUACCACGGCUUACUAUGCCUGGUCAUCGCAUUGAUCCACCUUGUGGAAGGGUUAGCUUGAUCUCUGGACCACAACAUCUUGUUGCUGAUUUGGAAACUUGCUCCCUACAUCUGAAACAUUUAGCUGCUGCUGCAAAAGAUGCAGUUGCCGAAGGUGGCUCUGUUCCUGGUAGUAGGGCUAGAUUAUGGCGCAGAAUAAGGGAGUUCAAUGCUUGUAUCCCGUAUACAGGUGUGCCCACUAAUAGUGAAGUCCCUGAGGUGACUUUGAUGGCAUUGAUUACAAUGCUACCAUCAACUCCAAACCUCCCUGUAGACGCCCCUCCUUUGCCACCUCCUUCACCCAAAGCAGCAGCAACUGUCAUUGCUUUGUCGCAUGUUUGCGUAGGUGUGCUGCUGAAGCUGGCGGGGCUUAUUGCGUCCCUCAUAGGUGGUUGGUCAGCAGAUCUGAGCACUGCACCGGAUUCCAGAGGAGAAAAACAUGCAACUAUCAUGCAUACCAAGUCUGUUUUGUUUGCUCAACAGGAAAGUGUUAGGGAAAUCAUUGCUGUUAUAAUGCGUACAAUAGCUGAAGAAGAUGCAAUUGCUGCAGAGUCAAUGCGUGAUGCUGCUUUGCGUGAUGGUGCUUUGUUGAGACAUUUAUUGAAUGCAUUUUCCCUUCCUGCCAUUCUGCCACCUGGGCUUGUUGCAUAUUUGCAUACACGUCCCGAUGAUGUUGUCGAUGAUACAGAUCAAGAAGGUUCGUCAACAAAUAGGCGGCAGAAAAGAUUACUUCAGCAGAGAAGAGGUCGUAUAGCUAAGGGAAUGGGUGCUCAAGAUAUUCCUCUUCCCCCUGGUAAUAAUGUUGAGACUGGCGAUGUAGCAAAACAGAUGAGUGCAAAUGCUAGUGUACCCGAUAACUUUCAAAGGCGUGUUGCAGAUUCUUCUUCUGAAGCUUCGAAUCUUCAUGCUUCUGCUUUUCCAGGUGGUGACAGUACUACUGCUGGGAAUUCAGUGCUUCCAGCACCUGCUCAAGUUAUUGUAGAAAGUACACCUGUAGGUUCCGGAAAGCUCCUUCUAAAUUGGCGUGAGUUUUGGCGAGCCUUUGGCCUUGAUCAUAAUCGUGCAGAUCUCAUAUGGAAUGAGCGUACAAGGCAAGAAUUAAGGGAAGCUUUGAAGGCUGAGAAGUUUGUGUGGGUCAAUAUUACCUACGCUUAUUGCUUGAAAGUGGGAACGCUGGCAAGGCACAAGAUUUUCCCUCUCCGUGAUCCAGUUGCUUUUUUCAGGGCGCUCUAUCAUCGUUUCCAGUGUGAUGCUGAUAUGGGGCUUACUAUUGAUGGUGCUGUUCCAGAUGAAUUGGGUUCAUCAGGCGACUGGUGUGAUAUGAGUAGGCUUGAUGGUUUUGGUGGAGGGGGAGGAGCUUCUGUUAGGGAGCUUUGUGCAAGAGCGAUGGCGAUUGUCUAUGAGCAACACUACAACACAAUAGGUCCUUUUGAAGGCACUGCACAUAUUACAACACUGAUAGAUAGGACGAAUGAUAGAGCUUUGAGGCAUCGCCUACUACUUCUCCUGAAGGCUCUAGUUAAGAGGACUCCUAUUCCAUUACAGUCCAAUUUAAUUGCUGCUACUGCAUUUAUGGAACCACCUAAGGAAUGGAUGUACAUAGACAAAGGUGGUGCAGAAGUGGGACCUGUAGAGAAGGACGUCAUCAGAAGUUUAUGGUCCAAAAAGGAUAUUGACUGGACAACUAAGUGUCGGGCUUUAGGAAUGUUAGACUGGAAGAAAUUGCGUGAUAUCCGUGAACUUAGAUGGGCAGUAGCUGUUCGAGUUCCAGUCCUCACACCUACUCAGGUAGGGGAUGCUGCAUUGUCCAUAUUACAUAGCAUGGUUUCGGCACAUUCAGAUUUGGAUGACGCUGGAGAGAUUGUAACUCCAACACCAAGAGCUCUGCUCUCUGGCGAACCAGUUAUUGUGGAGGCUGGUGCUGCUCUUUUAAAAGACGUUGUUACCAGAAACUCCAAGGCGAUGAUCCGCCUGUACAGUACAGGGGCCUUUUACUUUGCCCUUGCUUACCCUGGAUCCAAUCUUUACUCAAUUGCACAACUCUUCUCGGUCACCCAUGUGCAUCAAGCUUUUCAUGGUGGGGAAGAAGCUACUGUUUCCUCCUCUCUGCCCCUGGCUAAAAGAAGCGUAUUGGGUGGUCUUCUCCCAGAGUCCUUAUUAUAUGUAUUAGAGCGCAGUGGACCAGCUGCGUUUGCAGCUGGCAUGGUUUCUGAUUCCGAUACUCCGGAGAUUAUAUGGACACAUAAAAUGCGAGCAGAAAAUCUUAUAUGUCAGGUUUUGCAGCAUCUUGGUGACUAUCCUCAGAAAUUGUCACAGCACUGCCAUUCUCUCUAUGAUUAUGCUCCCAUGCCACCUGUUACGUAUCCAGAACUUAGAGAUGAGAUGUGGUGUCACCGUUAUUAUCUCAGAAAUUUAUGUGAUGAGAUUCGAUUUCCUAAUUGGCCGAUUGUUGAACAUGUCGAGUUCUUACAAUCAUUACUUGUGAUGUGGCGUGAAGAGUUGACUAGGAAACCCAUGGAUCUUUCUGAAGGAGAAGCUUGCAAAAUUCUAGAAAUAUCCCUGAAUGAUGCAUCAAGUGAUGACCUAAACUGGGCUGCUUCAGUUGAGUUGAAUGAGGAAAUAUCUAAUAUAUCCAAACAAAUUCAAAACCUUGAUGAAGAGAAACUUAAGCGCCAGUACAGGAAGCUUGCGAUGAGAUACCAUCCUGACAAGAAUCCAGAAGGAAGAGAAAAGUUCCUGGCUGUUCAAAAAGCUUAUGAAUGCCUACAGGCAACAAUGCAAGGAUUGCAAGGUCCUCAGCCGUGGAGGUUGCUGCUUUUACUGAAAGCGCAGUGCAUCUUAUAUCGACGUUAUGGACAUGUGUUACGGCCAUUCAAAUAUGCUGGCUAUCCGAUGUUACUUGAUGCAGUUACAGUGGACAAGGAUGACAACAACUUUCUAUCUAAUGAUAGAUCCCCUCUUCUUGUUGCAGCAUCUGAGCUUGUUUCGUUAACCUGUGCUGCCUCGUCGUUGAAUGGUGAAGAAUUAGUGAGAGAUGGUGGUGUGCAGCUUCUAUCGACUCUUCUUUCUCGCUGCAUGUGUGUGGUUCAGCCAACAACUUCACAACACGAACCAGCUGCAAUCAUUGUCACAAAUGUAAUGCGUACACUUUCUGUAAUAAGUCAGUUUGAGAGUGCAAGGGCUGGAUUUCUAGAGUUACCCAGUCUGAUUGAUGACAUUGUGCACUGUACGGAACUAGAACUUGUGCCUGCAGCCGUUGAUGCUGCUCUCCAGUCUAUUGCCAAGGUUUCUGUCUUCCCUGAACUUCAGCAUGGUCUGCUAAAGGCUGGUGCCUUAUGGUAUAUUCUCCCAUUAUUACUACAGUAUGACUCAACUGUAGAGGAAUCUAAUUCUGUCGAGUCUCAUGGGGUUGGAGUUAGCAUUCAAAUUGCCAAGAAUGAGCAUGCCUUACAAGCAUCGCAAGCCCUAUCAAGGCUUAGUGGACUAUGUGCAGAUGAGAGUUUGACACCUUACAAUGCUGCUGCGGCUGAUGUUAUCAGAGGAUUACUGACUCCAAAACUUGCUAGUUUGUUGAAAGAUGAAGUUGCCAAGGAUUUGUUAUCCAAACUUAACACAAAUUUGGAGACACCGGAGAUUAUCUGGAACUCUGCAACUCGAUCAGAGCUUUUAAAUUUUGUGGAUGAACAACGCACCUGCCAGUGCCCCGAUGGUUCAUAUGAUCUGAAAACUGCUCAAUCUUUUUCAUAUGACGCACUGUCAAAAGAGGUCUUUAUUGGCAAUGUUUACUUGAAGGUCUAUAAUGAUCAGCCCGACUCAGAGAUCAGUGAACCAGAAGCAUUCUGCAAUGCUCUGAUCGACUUUAUAUCAUCAUUAGUGCAUACUGAGUUGCCCUCUGUCUCCGAGGACCAAAAUUUGAUCGAAGACGGCAGCUCAUCUAAUGAUACUCCGGAACUUCAAAGUAGCGUCGUAGAACCGUCAUUGAUUGAAGAACAUUCCGAUCAUCAGCCAUCAUCUGAGGGGAAGAAGGAAGAAUGUUUUCUGAUUGAUCACCUCCAAUUAGGAUUGACUGCUCUUCAGAACUUGCUUACAAAGUAUCCAGAUCUGGCUUCAGUGUUUUCGUCUAAGGAGAGACUAUUACCUCUCUUUGAAUGUUUUUCGGUGUCCAUUGCAUCAAAAACAGAUAUUCCAAAACUCUGCCUGAACGUCCUCUCUCGUCUAACUGCUUAUGCUCCUUGCUUGGAGACGAUGGUAUCUGAUGGAUCUAGUCUUCUUCUCCUCUUACAAAUGCUUCAUUCUGCACCUUCUUUUCGCGAGGGUGCUCUCCAUGUUCUUUAUGCUUUGGCAAGCACACCAGAACUUGCUUGGGCUGCUGCAAAACAUGGUGGAGUAGUAUAUAUUCUGGAACUUUUAUUGCCUUUGCAAAAAGAUAUUCCCUUGCAGCAAAGAGCUGCAGCGGCUUCUUUGUUGGGUAAGCUCGUCGCACAACCAAUGCAUGGGCCUAGAGUUGCUAUCACACUCGUGAGAUUCCUUCCGGACGGUCUUGUAUCUAUAAUUCGUGAUGGACCUGGGGAGGCUGUUGUACAUGCGCUUGAGCGGACCACAGAGACUCCAGAACUUGUGUGGACACCAGCAAUGGCAGCAUCUUUAUCCGCACAGAUUGCAACCAUGGCAUCAGAUAUUUAUCGUGAACAACAGAAGGGUUCUGUUAUUGAAUGGGACGUACCAGAGCAGUCAUCUGGUCAACCAGAAAUGAGAUACGAGCUACAGGUUGGUGGAGUCAAUGUCAGGCUUUUCUUAAAAGAUCCAAAAUUUCCUCUGAGAAAUCCAAAACGAUUCUUGGAAGGACUACUGGAUCAGUAUUUGUCAGCAAUGGCGGCAACACAUUAUGAACAACAUCCUGUUGACCCUGAGCUCCCUCUCCUUCUCUCUGCUGCAUUGGUUUCGUUGUUGCGUGUGCAUCCUGCACUUGCAGAUCACAUAGGAUAUCUCGGGUAUGUCCCGAAACUUGUCGCUGCUGUGGCGUAUGAGGGGAGGCGGGAAACAAUGUCUUCUGGCGAAGUGAAGGCUGAAGAAAUUGGAUCUGAUGGAGUGAAUGAGUCUGCUGAUCCCUCAAGUCUACCUGGGCAAACCCCUCAAGAACGCGUGCGCCUUAGUUGUUUACGUGUGCUUCAUCAACUUGCAGCUAGUACCGCAUGUGCUGAAGCAAUGGCUGCAACUAGUGCUGGAAAUGCCCAGGUGGUUCCACUUCUCAUGAAAGCAAUAGGAUGGCUUGGUGGAAGCAUUUUAGCACUUGAGACACUUAAGCGUGUUGUUGUGGCUGGAAAUCGGGCCAGAGAUGCGCUUGUUGCGCAGGGUCUAAAGGUUGGUCUUAUUGAGGUCCUUCUUGGGUUGCUUGACUGGAGGACGGGGGGAAGGUACGGGCUCAGUUCUCACUUGAAAUGGAAUGAAUCGGAAGCAUCAAUCGGGCGGGUGCUUGCAGUUGAGGUAUUGCAUGGUUUUGCAACAGAAGGAGCACAUUGCUCAAAAGUGCGUGAGAUACUUGAUGCGUCAGAAGUAUGGAGUGCAUAUAAAGACCAAAAGCACGACUUGUUCCUGCCAUCAAAUACACAAUCAGCGGCAGGAGUGGCUGGCUUUAUUGAAAACUCAUCCAACAGUCUCACUUACGCUCUUACCGCUCCUCCUCCACCUUCGCAUCCUUGACCAUUUCUUCCUUUUGUAUAUCCUUUUGUAAAGUUCAAUCAUUUCCUUGCUU